AGUCUCAGAAAGAAGGAUUAGACAUUCCUCGACAACCCACAGCUAGCCCCUGAUGUGUCUGGACACCCACCCUCACCCCAUUCCAGCCCGUGUCUUUCCAGAUGGUGGACUGGAUGGCAUCAUGCCUCCACGCCUCCAAAUCCUAACCCACCAGGUCCUGCUCACCUCUCCAGACUCCCUCCUCCCGCUCAGAGACUCUGCUCCUGCCGUCUCCUCCACGACGGGGACGGGGCCGCCUGGGCCGCGGGCCGCGAGCUGGAUCUGGUUGCGGGGUGUCGGGGUGUCUGCGCAGGCGCCGCGAUGCACCUGAAGAAGUACCUGCGGAAGUGCCUGCACCGGCUGCAGAAGGGCCCGGGCUACACGUACAAGGAGCUGCUGGUGUGGUACUGCAACAACACCAACACCCACGGCCCCAAGCGCAUCAUCUGCGAGGGGCCCAAGAAAAAGGCCAUGUGGUUCCUGAUCACGCUGCUCUUCACCUCCCUGGUCUGCUGGCAGUGGGGCGUCUUCAUCAGGACCUACCUGAGCUGGGAGGUCAGCGUGUCCCUCUCCAUCGGCUUCAAGACCAUGGACUUCCCCGCCGUCACCAUCUGCAAUGCCAGCCCCUUCCAGUAUUCCAAAGUCAAGCAUUUGCUGAAGGAUCUGGAUGAGCUCAUGGAAGCGGUCCUGGAGAGGAUCCUGGCUCCCGAGCAGAGCUACACCAACGCCACUAGGACUCUGAACGUCACCAUCUGGAACGACACGCCGCUGGUUCUGAUCGACGAGCGGGACCCCCACCGCCCGGUGGUCCUUGACCUCUUUGGGGAUGUCCACCAUGGCUCAGCAAGCAGCAGCCCAGCGCCAGAAAGGACCUGCACUGCCCAGGGGUGCAAAGUGGCCAUGAGACUAUGCAGCCUCAACGGGACCGUGUGCACUUUCCGGAACUUCACCAGCGCCACCCAGGCCGUGACGGAGUGGUACCUCCUGCAGGCCACCAACAUCUUCUCGCACGUGCCUAGGCACGAGCUGGUGGAGAUGGGCUACCCCGCCGAGCGGCUGAUCCUGGCCUGCCUGUUCGGGCCCGAGCCCUGCAACUACAGGAACUUUACAUCCAUCUUCCACCCGGAUUAUGGCAACUGCUACAUCUUCAACUGGGGCAUGACAGAGAAGGCGCUCCCUUCGGCCAACCCCGGAGCUGAGUUUGGCCUGAAGCUGAUCCUGGACAUAGGCCAGGAGGACUACGUGCCCUUCCUCACGUCCACGGCCGGUGCCCGCCUGCUGCUUCAUGGGCAGAGGUCCUACCCCUUCAUCAAAGACGAGGGCAUCUACGCCAUGUCAGGGACAGAGACAUCCAUCGGGGUGCUGGUGGACAAGCUGGAGCGCAAGGGGGAGCCCUACAGCCAGUGCACCAUGAACGGCUCUGACGUCCCUGUACGGAACCUCUACAGCGACUACAACACGACCUACUCUAUCCAGGCCUGUAUUCGCUCCUGCUUCCAAGAGCACAUGAUCCAGAACUGCAGCUGUGCCCACUUCCUGUACCCACUGCCCCAUGGGGAGAGAUACUGCAACAACCGCGAGUUCCCAGACUGGGCCUAUUGUUACUCACACCUGCGCAUGAGUGUGGCCCAGAGGGAAACCUGCAUCAACAUGUGCAAGGAGUCCUGCAAUGACACCCAGUACAAGAUGACCAUCUCCAUGGCCGACUGGCCUUCUGAGGCGUCUGAGGAUUGGAUUUUCCACGUCCUGUCUCAGGAGCGGGACCAAAGCACAAAUAUCACUUUGAGCAGGAAGGGAGUUGUCAAGCUCAACAUCUACUUCCAAGAAUUCAACUAUCGCACCAUUGAGGAGUCAGCAGCCAAUAACAUUGUUUGGCUGCUCUCAAACCUGGGCGGCCAGUUUGGCUUCUGGAUGGGGGGCUCGGUGCUGUGCCUCAUCGAAUUCGGAGAGAUCCUCAUCGACUUUGUGUGGAUCACUGUCAUCAAGCUGGUGGCCUUCACCAAGAGCCUGCGGCAGAGGCGGGCCCAGGCUCGCUAUGCGGGCCCGCCGCCCACCGUGGCUGAGCUGGUGGAGGCUCACACCAACUUUGGCUUCCAGCCUGAUGUGGCCAGGCCUGGCCCCGACCCCGGGACCUACCCUGAUGAGCAGACCCUGCCCAUCCCGGGCACCCCACCUCCCAACUAUGACUCCCUCCGUCUGCAGCCGCUGGACGUCAUCGAGUCUGACAGUGAGGGCGAUCCCAUCUAGACCUGGGGAGCCCAGAACUCAGACCCAAGAAGCUGAAUUCAUGGCCUCGGGCUUCACUUCGGGGUGCAAUCUCCAAAGGGCCAGGAUGAUGGGAAUCCGAGGCCACAGUCUAUGUGUGUCCCUCUACAGAGAGACCAGCAGCUCCUGGCCAGUCCCAGGCCAAGGGCUCUGUAGGGUCAUGGUGCCGGUACGGAUGUGGGUAAAGUGUACUCAUUUGGUUCCUGCCCACACCCCCAACCUGACCUGAUCCUUGGCUGGGACAUCCCCAACUUGGCUCCGGAGAGCCUGGAACACUGUGCCCCGCAAACAGGCUAGUUUUUCCCAGUGCCAGUCACCGUCUGCUCUCGAGACAAAGAGCCAGGCAUGCUGUGCUGUCUGUCCUCAGAACCUUUCCAUCCUGGCCUUGGCAGGCCUCUGCCAAUGGGUUUAGUGAAGGCAGCAACUGUGGAGAGCAGGAAGAGCAUCAGGCCCAGGGGCGGGGUUGGGGGACCUGCUGCCAGAUCCUAGAAAAUAAAAGUUCUAGAAAAUAAAAGUAGAACACACAGAGCUGAGCUUUGUUCUUUGUCGGACGGGGCAGUCGGAGUGCCCUGGUGCACAAGUGGGCUUGUGACUUAUUCAGUGCCAUCCACCGUACUACUUUGGGUUGCAAGGACAGAGAGAAAUAGACUCAAGCUGGCUUAAGUGAAAGAAUCUCAAGCAGCUCAGUGUCUCUCGGUCUCUGCUUUCCUCAGGCUCUCCUCACAUUGAAAGCCCACCUGCGAGUCCAAACUCACCGUGUCUCCAGCUCAGCAAACAGCUAGGAGGAAGUACCUCAUCCCUAGUUGUCUCUCCAAGUUCCCAGGCUGACUCUCAUUGGUCACUGACUGGGUCACAUGCAUAUCUCUGAACCAAUCAGUGUGAUAGGCUGCUUGGAUUGGUCAGACCCUGCCCAUACCUGAGGCCAGGUGGCCCCCAGCAGAAUCACAUGGCCCCAGGGGAUAGGGACAUGGCUCCAAGCAUUGCCAGAAAAAAUACAGGUCCUCAAGUUAAAUAUGAAUUUCAGAUAAACAACGAAUUGAUUUUUUAGUAUCAGUACAUCUGCAUAAUAUUUGGGACAGGGGCGUCUGGGUGGCACAGUAGGUUAAGCGACCAACUCUUGAUUUCGGCUCAGGUCAUGAUCUCAGCGUGGUGAGACUGAGCCCCGUAUGGGGCUCCUCGCUCAGUGUGGAGUCUGCUUCAGAUUCUCUCUCCUUCUCCCUCUGUCCCUCCCCCACCCGUGCAUGCAUGUGCGCUCCCUCCCUAAACAAAAAUGUUUUUAAAAUUAAGGGGUAUCCGGGACAUAGGAUGUUAAUAAAAUCAUCUGUUG